GGGCGGGGCCUGUCACUUUGCUUCCGGGUUAUUUUACUGCAGCACAAAAGGAAGAGGCCGUGGUGGUGAGAGUAUUGCUGACUUUCCACCCGAGUUUAAGGAUGAUGCAGAUUGAAUCCCUCUUACACAGCGGCUAUUCACAUCCCCUACUCCGUGCCUGGCAGAGCUGUGCCUCCACCUUCACAGCAAGCAACCUCAUCUACCCUAUCUUUGUAACUGAUGAUUCCAAUGCCAUCGAACCUAUUGCCAGCCUUCCGGGACAGGCCAGGUACGGUGUCAAUAAACUGGAGGAGAUGCUGAGGCCCCUUGUUAAUGAAGGACUUGGUUGCGUGUUGAUCUUUGGAGUUCCAGCCAAACUCCCUAAGGAUGAUAGAGGGUCUGGAGCAGACUCGGAGAAUAACCCAGCCAUCCUGGCCAUUAAAAACCUGCGAAAGAUGUUUCCAACAUUGGUAAUUGCCUGCGAUGUCUGUCUCUGUCCGUACACUUCCCACGGGCACUGCGGAAUACUCCGGGAGGAUGAGACAUUGAACAAUGAAGCAAGCUGCCAGAGGCUGAUGGAGGUGGCACUCGCCUAUGCCUGGGCAGGAUGUCACAUUGUAGCUCCCUCAGAUAUGAUGGAUGGCAGAGUUGGAUCCAUAAAACAGGCUCUCGUCUCCAAUGAACUGGGAAACAAGGUUGCAGUGAUGAGCUAUAGUGCAAAGUUUGCUUCCUGUUUCUAUGGACCUUUCCGUGAUGCUGCCCAGUCAAAGCCGGCCUUCGGAGAUCGGAGGUGUUAUCAACUGCCGCCAGGUGCCAGGGGGCUGGCGAUUCGAGCUGUGGACCGUGAUGUGCGUGAGGGAGCAGACAUGCUGAUGGUCAAACCGGGAAUGCCUUACCUGGACAUUGUCCGCGAGGUGAAAAACAAACACCCCUCACAUCCGCUGGCAAUUUACCAUGUCUCAGGAGAGUUUGCGAUGCUGUGGCAUGGGGCCCAGGCUGGAGCGUUUGACCUCAGGACUGCUGUCAUGGAGGCUCUGACCAGCUUCAGGAGGGCAGGUGCUGAUAUCAUCAUCACGUACUAUGUGCCACAGAUCCUGAAAUGGCUGAAGGACAUUUGAUGCCACUUCGUCUAGGACACAGAAUUCACAGGGUUAUGGGGAAUUAUAACCAUUCCCACAGACCUCCCUUCUCAUGUUCACCCUCUCCCCCUCUCCUGUUUAUGUCAGGUACCACAGCCAAUAUUAUUCCAAAUACAUGCUUUUAAACCUGAACUCCCGUGUUAAACCAAAAAUAGAUUUUUACAGAAGUGUUUAGCACCGUUCUGAUUUAGUUGCAUAAUGUGUAUGAGUGGAAGAGAAAGUGAGAAAGUCAAUGAAGUGAGCUGUUGGAAGAUUAUACAGUUGAUUGACUGCAUUUCUGUUAAGUAUCUGAUUUUUGUGAAGGAUCUGUUGUGCUUUGAAAGCACACAGAGCAUCAGGGAUCUUAAACUGAAUGAAUUGACAGGCUUUGUGAAUUAAUCAUGUGACAGGGAUUUUAAUGUACUGUGUUGUAACCGUUGCUGACAUGUGCCUUUUGAUGCAUUCUAUUACACAUUACCUAUAUUACUUGUAAUUGAAAUGUGAAACCCUGUGAACAAUUGCAAAUUCAAUAGAAUUUUCUGUUUUAAUAAAACAAGCUAAGAAACUAA